ACUAUUUCAUAUUUUAAAAUCAAUGGAAUUUUUGAAUAUCGUCUCUGAACAAUAUUAACUAUUUACAGCUGACAACAUUUUACUGAAAUUUGUUCACAAUGGAUUCGGUCACACUAAAUUUUGAUGAAAUAGCUGACGAAAGCAGCAUGGAAGAAAAUCAAUUUGAAGAAGAAGAAACAAUCGAAUCAGAUAACGAAAAUGGCGUUCUAAUGGGAAUAGACGAAGAGGUAGAAAUAGAUGAAGAGAAAAGAAUGGAACACGAACAAGAAAAUGACCGGGAAAACCAAACAAAAAACGAUGAAGUGCAAUCAACAGGCAAUGAAGUGCAAUAUACAGCACCGUCACCAAAAAAAUCUGAAAUAAGCGAAAAGAAAACCGAUCCACAGGUCAACAAAUCAUUUAAGCCCGAUGAAAUACUGAAAAUGAUCAAAGAUAAUAUUUUGUACCCGGAUUCUCCACCAAAAAACAAAAAUACGCAUGCAGAGGCCUGGAAAAAUGGCAUGAAAUAUUUAUACAAGUCAGAAAAUGGUGACAUUUUCAAAAAUUGGUACUAUUGUGAAAAAUGUAACUGGGUAAAGUUUGUAUGGCUCAAAGGCGGUACCAGUGUGAUUAAUAAUCAUCACAAAAAUCAUGAGAAAGACAACUUCUCAUUAACGCGAAAGGAACUGGCAAUUCUGCUAUCCAAAGCCACUGCAUAUGGUUUAAAAUAUGGCUAUGUAGCCCCUUCCGUUUUCCUCAAAAAAAUGCCGAAAGACAAAUGGUCUGAUGAGUUUUGGGAGACUUUGAAUAAGACUGAAAACACCGCUGUUGCUACAAAGUCCUCAGAAAACAAAAAUAAAACAAAACGAAUCACUGAAAAUGAUGAUGAACCCAAUUCAAAAAGAGCACGUAUAGAUCCUGAGCUCCAUGACGAGACCACUUCACAUGAAAUGAUUGCAACCCCAAAUCUGACAUCUGAUCUUUGUGAGAACGUUGAAAAGUCAAGUGAUAAUAAUCCUGAACUCCAUGACGAGACCACUUCACAUCAAAUCAUUACAACACUAACUCUGCCAUCUGAUCUUUGUGAGAACGUUGAAACGUCAAGUGAUAAUAGUAAAUCAAACGACAUCAACAAUAACAAAAGGAAAAUAGAUGACAAAGGUGACGAUAGUGGUGAAACAGGACAAGGCGCCAAAGCUAUAAAAAAGUUGCGUUUGUCACAAUUGAAACGACCGAUGCCGAAAACCAAAAAACUUGAUUUGAUAAAGAAAAGAAACCGACUUGUUAGUAAUGUUAAAAUUGGAAAUUCCGCAGCUGAUGCCAUGACAACAUUAUCAUUACAAACACGUGAUUCAGAUGGUGUAAAUUUGAACAGCGCAACUGAAACCGCAAGCAAUGUUGACAACGAAAAAGGUAUUAACGCUGAUACAAAGAUAAGAAAAAAGCAAAAGAAUGAAAAAGCUCAAUUGAAAACCACCCCAAAACGCCUCAGAAACAAAAAAAUGUACUGA